GGUUACUGAACCUCUUUUCUUUGGAAUAAAAUACUAAUAAUAAUUAUAAUUGUAAUAAUUAUUAUUUGGGCUCGUUCUAUUUUGUUGAUGUGCGUGUUAUUCAGCUCAUACAGCUGUAGCGCGAGGAAGCCAGCUAUAGAAAGUAAACAACAUGUUUAUUAAAUUCCACGUCAUUUCAAGUGUCAGAAAAGUGUAUUAGCUCAUCAUGUUUACAGCAGCCUACGCAGUUUCCUCCAACAAGGGUGUGGAGAAGGAACUCAGACUUGUUUUAAGGUUCAAGACCUUCUCACCACAACAACGUCGCUAAUGUUGUUAGUCUGACUUGAGCAGUCACGAAUAGCAUGCAUCUGUAUCUAAAGAAGCAUUUUGCUCGUAGAGGCAUUGACUCUCAAUAUGCAAUAGCCUACAUUGUUUUGCCCAGUAAUGAUGGCUAAUGGCUAAACUACUAUUGUAACAUAGCCUACGAUUCAAAGAUUACCCUAAUUGUUUAGAGUAAUGCACACUACGGUCCAUUAAAGACUAUUCAGUUUGGCAUAGAUUCGUUGCUAUAGCGAAGUGUAAGCUAUCCUAUGCGGCUGUAGCUGACCAGUUCAGACAGCGAUCAAGCAAUGUUUACAUGAGUGUCUGCAGCACGUUGUACGGAUGCCGAGAGCACCGCUUGCGAUCUUCGUCAUGUUUACAAUUUGACUUUUUAAAUGUAUUAAAUUAGCCCAAGUGUAUUUUUUUUAUUUAGGCUAUGUUGUUUCUUCUCUUUAUUUCUAUUAUUAAAAAAAAAAGUUUUUUAGAAGUCUGGAUACAAUGAUUUGUCCAUUUAAAUGUCAUGGUGUGAAACCUGGAAAUCUUAAAUAGGCUAACUUUAUUAUGUUUUCAAUAGCCUAUAUUUUUGUUUUAUUUUAUUGUAUAUUCGGUAGGCAACUAUUAGCCUAUAUUAGGCCUACUAAUAAGAAAUGUGUGUUGUGUAGUCUACCCAAAUAUAGGGUAGCCUACAGUUUCAGUUAUUUCAGAAGUUAUGUGGGUGUGAAAUAACAACACUCAGGUAAGUAAUAGCCUACUCAUACCAUGAGUGGGAUUUUUUAACUUUAGGCCCUUUUAGCUAUCUACAGGUGAUUCUUUUUUUCCACAGAACUCGAAAAAUAUACUUACUUGUCCUAUUGUGGGACACUGCCUAAUGUGGAACACCUAACCUACAGUGGGUGUGGCUCUUCCCCAAAGUAAUGAAUGUCAGUGAAACUAUGGUAAAGCCAAAGCUGUAGGGUCCUGUGAUCAAAAUUGGACGUGGAUUCAAUGUGUUGCCACAUUGUAGCCUAGCCUAGGCCUACUACAGAAGUCUGAAAAACAAACAAAUUCCCAAAUUAGGGCAAUCCACCCUACAUAGGCUAUGAAGUGAGUAGCCUAAGCUAUACACUUAACUGCAAGAGAAUCGCAUAAGAUCUCGGAAGAGCCAGAGGUAUUCAUACAGUAAUCACUGUACUUAUUCACCACAUUUGUUUAGUGUGCCAUAUACCAAAAAGAAAAUUACCCUAAACAAGUUUUUGACGGAUUUGUCGCUUGAAAUGGUUAGUGUGUGUUGUUGAAUUUAAAAUCCAAUGUAUUGCCUUAAAAAAUGGAUCAGUUUCUCACUUCACAUAGGUCUUUCGUUGUGCCAGUUAAUAAUGACCUUCUGCCUGUUGUGCAGCCCAACUUUGAAGCCUAUCCUGACAGCAAGCUGCUGAGGUAGUCCAUGCUCCUGUGCCUGCCGAGGUGUGUCAGGUGACCAGGGCGGAUGGAGGCGGGGUCCAGCAGUCAGAGCGCCGAGGAGGCGGGGCCUACCUCAGGGGAAGAGCCACAGCCUGAGCCACCACGGCGUGGGAGGGGUCGACCACGAAAACAGCAAGAGGAGCCUGUUGGUCCUCCUCCUCCCAGGAGACCUCGUGGGCGGCCCAGAGGAAGUAAGAACAAGCAGGUCACACCCAAGAAGGUCGAGCCAGCAGGUCAGAGAAGGCCACGUGGACGUCCAAGAAAAUGGCCACAGAAAGUGAGUGAGGAAGAGCAACAGGCGGCUCGAGAUGAAGCGGAGGCUCCACCCGUCGCACCCCCCUCUCCCACGGCGCCCCCACCCGUGCAGGGAGGGCUGUGAAGACGGCUAGUGCCUCAGGAGGGUCGGUUGGUCCGCCUCCAACCCCUCCUUCCACCACACAGCAGUCACAUCGGGCUUGCCUCACACAGGUGCACUGCCCCCCACCCCCACCCCACACACACACAUACAAAUACACACACACCCCUCAGGAUGUCUUAACAUACUGUACACCCCCCCCCACCACCUUCUCAGAAUGCAGAAUACUCAGGAUAUGCUCUGGACAAAGCACAGGAGUUUACAUUUAUCUGAUAAUGCUUGAACAUUCACAUCAGUAUUUUUUAGGAUCAAACAAGAUGACAAAAACAUUUACUGAUCUCAAAGGUGUAUGAUUGUUAUUUUUGUGCAGUGUGCGUCAUUACUGUAAGCCUGUAAAAUUAGCCAUCUGAAUGUCUAAAUGGUGAAGUUGGAUUAACGUUUUCAAAAUGAAAUAUGGGCACAUAAGGCUAAACUUAUUUUGUAUUUAAAAAAAAAUGUGUUUGCUCAAAUGAAGGAAAUGAUUGAAAUAGAAUUAUGAAUUGGAUAUGAAAUUAAUCUUUCACAAUGACUCAAAAACAAAUUGUUUCUUCUCAGUGUAUUUAAAUCCACAUAUGGUAAUGGUCAUUUAUGGCAAAGUAUGGGAAAGGUUUCUGUGUUUCUGUUCUGUCACAAGAUGGUGUGGUUUGUGAACCGGCACUUUCCUUCUUUAUCUUCUGGUUCUUAGAAGUUUUACAGGCCUUCAACUAAAGUGACACUGUGGGUUGAGAUUGGCUUUUUUUUGAUAGCUAUCAGCGUAAUGUUUUUUUCCAUCAUUGGCUUUUUUAUACUGUAUAUUGACAGAUGCAUUUGGUCCAUCAUUAGAUUUAAUGUAAUACAUUUAUAUUAUUCUCUCUCUUUACAUGCCCUUCUGGCAUCCGUUUUUUAAUGGAUGUAACUAUGCUACAGCGGAAUAUAAAUGUAUUUUAAAAUGUAGAUAUCAUGGAAAUGUCUGUAUAGAUACAACAGGACAUUUUGAUACAUACAGGGGUAGUACCUCAUUGUAUACACAAUAUCCUAUAUUUCUCAUUUUGUCAUUGAAUGGCCCACCAUGCUGGUAUUGAAUGUUGUUAUCCAUAUUGUGUAUUUACUUACUUUGCAUUUCCAUACUUCCGGUUGAUUAUGGAUUUACCUGGGCGUUGAUGCUGUAAGAAAUCAGCGGAUGUUAUUAUUUGGCUUCAACUCCUGCAUUCACUGCCUCUGCACACAACUCAGUACCUCCAAAGCUUCGGAUCAUCCUCACACCAAUAUAGUGCGUUACUCUGAGCCAGUAAUCCUAACGCUGCAAAAUUUACUUGACAUGCUCCUCAGCCUCCAUCUACUUGAACAAUGCAAGUCAGCUGAGUGAUGCUUCUGUGGUACCAAUGUUGUCAUGUUCAAGCACCCUGCAUUCACCAAACAGCCUUUAUUUGCAACAAAGCCAAUUUUUUUUUUUUCAUAUUCAGACUUGCAUAUGAAUAUAAGUGUUCUUUUUUCAGGACAAACAAUAUAUUUUCUGCUGGGACAACUUCAAUAAGUAAAAAAAUCACUUUUAGUCUUUUGUAAUCAUGAAGGUUUAUUAGAACCCUUUGUUCCAUUAUAAUAUAUUUGUUGACAUCUGUUCAUUGUCAUCCUAUGCUAAAUCAUGUAUUUUGUUUUGUUGCUUUGAGCUAGUUUGCCCAAGUUUUCAUUGCCUUUACCUGACAAAGAGAAAAUUGGAAAUGGUCAUUCCUUAUACCUCAAAAGCAUAAUUUUGUUGUAUUUUUAAAAAAAAAACAUUGCUAAUAAAUUUUCCUUGAGUUUUCCUAUCA